GAUGAUGGUCCUGGCGAGUUGCGAGCGCUCACUCACCUCCGUCUCCACUCACUGCGGUAGUAACGGGCCAAGCAGGCACCUGGCACCCUCACGCCACUUGUUCCGGCGCGUCUCUCCACUCCGCUCCACCACAGAAGAGGACUUUAUCAAACAGGACAUAUUUAUCCGCUCCACUUCUCUCGCGGGGGGUGACGGAGGGACAACUUUGAGUUGAUCUCGUCGUGAUUUGUUCCUCCCAUUCUCUCCCAUCUUUGCCCAAGAAGCACGUCUCUUCUCGUUGUGAGAGGAUGGGACCGCUCCUCCUCUCCAUCGCCCUGUGCGUGAGCGCCGCUGUCCCGCAGCAUGUGAUGGGGCCUUGCCACCCAAACCCUUGCCACAACAGAGGGGCAUGCGAGAUCAGUGAGACCUACAGGGGGGACACCUUCAUUGGAUAUGUCUGCAGUUGUCCUCCUGGCUUCAGUGGGGUUCACUGCCAACACAAUAUUAAUGAAUGUGAAAGAGAACCAUGCAAGAACGGGGGCCUUUGCACCGACCUCGUUGCAAACUACUCCUGCGAAUGCCCCGGGGAGUACAUGGGGCGGAACUGUCAACAUAAAUGCUCUGGACCACUGGGCAUGGAAGGCGGCAUAAUCUCCAACCAGCAGAUAACAGCAUCCUCCACCCACCGGGCUUUAUUUGGCUUGCAGAAGUGGUACCCGUACUUUGCACGCCUCAACAAGAAGGGUCUGGUCAACGCAUGGACUGCAGCUGAAAAUGACAGAUGGCCGUGGAUUCAGAUAAACCUGCAGAGGCGAAUGAGGGUCACGGGCCUAAUUACCCAGGGUGCAAAGCGAAUUGGAAGCCCAGAGUAUGUCAAGUCAUACAAAGUGGCGUACAGCGAGGACGGGAAGACAUGGAGAACAUACAAAGUCAAGGGCAAAGAUGAAGACAUGAUUUUCCGAGGAAAUGUUGACAACAACGCUCCAUCGGCCAAUUCCUUCACCCCACCCAUUGAAGCCCAGUUUGUGCGCAUUUAUCCCCAAGUCUGCAGAAGGCACUGUACCUUGCGCAUGGAACUGCUUGGAUGCGAGGUGACAGGUUGCUCGGAACCAUUGGGGAUGAAGUCCGGUCACGUCCAGGACUACCAGAUCACAGCCUCCUCCAUCUUCAGGACGCUCAACAUGGAUAUGUUCACUUGGGAGCCUGGAAAAGCCCGUUUGGACAAGCAGGGCAAAGUGAAUGCUUGGACUGCAGGACGCAGUGACCAGUCACAGUGGCUGCAGGUGGACUUGCUGGUGCCGACCAAGAUCACGGGUAUCAUCACCCAGGGAGCUAAAGACUUUGGCCAUGUGCAGUUUGUCGGCUCGUACAAAUUGGCGUACAGUAAUGACGGAGAGCGGUGGAAAAUAUACCAAGAUGAGAAGCAAGGAAAGGACAAGGUCUUUCAGGGGAACUUUGACAACGAGACCCACAGAAAGAACGUGAUCGAUCCACCCAUCUACGCUCGGCUCAUCCGGAUCCUUCCGUGGUCAUGGUACGGAAGGAUCACUUUGCGCGCAGAGGUACUCGGCUGCACUGUGGAAGAGUGACGUCCUUCCCUGCUUGGUUUCAACAUCUUUCCCGUCUUAGCGGUAUACUGGCGUAUGUCACCCAGUGGUGGAAAAACAAACUGUGCAACCUGUAAAAAAGAAAA